UACUUCAUUUCCGGCCUUUCGGAACAGGCGUUUGGUAAGGCCUACCAUUCUGAGGAGAGGGUCCUUGAUCCACGCUUGCGCAGCUAAGUAACUAAGAUGGCCGCAGGUCGGCUGGCUUUGAGAACAGCGGCAGCUUUGGCUGGGCUGCGCGGGCGAUUUUAUAACAUAAAGCUAAAUACGAACGACAUUAGAAAGCAAUCUCUGCAUCAAUAUGUACAAAGACAGUUUCUGCCUCCAUUCACAGCAUUAUAUAAUACAGUGCGAUGCAUGUUUAUUCAAACACAGGAUACCCCCAACCCGAACAGUUUGAAGUUUAUUCCAGGAAAAUCAGUGCUUGGAUCACAGACCAUGGAUUUUCCUACACCAGCUACAGCCUUCCGCUCCCCUUUGGCUAGGCAAUUAUUCAGGAUUGAAGGGGUGAAAAGUGUCUUCUUAGGACCAGAUUUCAUCACAGUCACAAAGGAAAGUGAAGAUUUAGAUUGGAACUUACUGAAACCAGAUAUUUAUGCAACAAUAAUGGAUUUCUUUGCAUCUGGUUUACCCAUACUUACUGAAGAAACACCUUCCUCAGAAACAGCAACUGAAGAAGAUGAUGAAGUUGUAGCAAUGAUUAAAGAACUGUUGGAUACGAGGAUAAGGUCUGCCGGAGUCCUAAGUCCAGCCUUCCUUCUGUUAUUCCAAAAUAGGCCAACUGUGCAGGAGGAUGGGGGUGACGUGAUCUACAAAGGCUUUGAAGAUGGCAUUGUGCAGCUGAAACUGCAGGGUUCCUGUACCAGCUGCCCUAGCUCUAUCAUCACUUUGAAAAAUGGAAUCCAAAACAUGCUUCAGUUUUAUAUUCCAGAAGUAGAAGGUGUGGAGCAGGUUGUGGAUGAUGAACUAGAAGAGAAAGAUGCAAACUCACCUUGAAACCCUAUAAUUUCCUUGAGGUGAAUGGCAUGGACUGUUGAAGAAAUUUGAGGAUGAAUAAAAGAUGUCAUUCUUCAAACAACUAUAAUUAGAUGUGGCAAUUAUUUUUCUUUGUUUUGUUUGCUAAAUAAUUUAUUUCAUCAAUAUUUUGUAAAUGUGGUUUGUUUUCAAAUAGAUAUUUUCUUUUUUGUUCUUAAUUUCAUUACAAUUCUUUUAUAUAAAAUAUGGAAAAGCUUAAAA